AUGGCUUGGGUAGACCUAAACGAAAGUGUCCCUGAUCUGAAUGAAAAUGUUCCUGAAAGCUCACAAUAUAGAUUAAUAACUGAUGGACAAGAAGUUAUCGUUAACCCCCCUAGUGUAGGGAUGUGUUUUACAACGGGCCAUGAGUUUUUCGAAUUUUGUCAGUUGUAUGCCUUCAAAGAAGGAUUUGAGAUGUUUAUCAAAAGUAAUAAGCUGAAAAAAGAGUACAAAGAAAAGGGAGUAUCUAAGUCUGGUGUGGGAAAGUAUGAGGCAAAGCCGCAUAUGAUGGAACUUAUUAGAUUAAAAUGCAAGAAGGGAGGGGUGAAAAAAGGUGUUGGGUCUAAUGUGACCGGUUGUAAGAUGAAUAUUUACGGUGUAAGUAGAGAUGGGCUAUUUACUAUAUUGACUUGUGACUUGCAACACAAUCAUCCUUUAAAUCCUGACUGUAGUAGACUGAUGGUUAAUUAUAGAUGUAUAGACGGUACUACAUUUAAGAGGGCGAUGAUCAAUGACAUGGGUGGUGUUAGCAUAAGUAAGAACUUUGGUACGCAUCUAAUUGAAAAGGGAGGUUAUGAAAAUAUUACAUUUAAUAAUAGAGACUUGAGGAACGCAAUCAACGUCGAACGUCGUUCAUCAAGAUUUAGUGCUGCAGAUGCCGCAGGACUCGAUGCUUACUUUAAGGCACAACGUGAUUUGCAUCCCGAGUUUUAUAGCUCAAUACAAGUAGAUGAUGAUGGUGUUUUUACGAAUGCAUUUUGGUCGGAUGCACGUAGUAGGGGUACAUGCAAAUAUUUUGGGGAUGUUAUUACUUUUGAUACUACUUUCGCUUGCAACCGGUAUCGGAUUCCAUUUGCUCCAUUCAUUGGUGUAAACCAUCAUGGCAAAUCAAUUAUAUUUGCUGCGGCCUUAAUUUCCCAUGAAAAUACUCCCUCAUUUGUUUGGGUAUUUGAAGAAUUCCUGAAGUGUAUGGGGAAGGCACCACUAGGCAUCUUAACCGACCAAGACAAAGCAAUUUGUAGAGCAAUUGAGCUAGUCUUCCCGGGCGUCCGUCACAGACUAUGUUUGUGGCACAUGCUCCAGAAUGCUAGUAAGAACCUAGGUAGUCUCAGUGAUUGGAAGAAAAUAGACACCCUGAUCAGAACUGCAAUACAUGAUCUGAUUGAUCCAGAUGAGUUCGAUGAAGCUUGGUGUCAUGUGAUGGAUGAGUACGGUUUAAGGGGUCCUGGGUGGAUGAAGGACGCGUAUGAUAACAGGCGUCAGUGGGCUCCGGCAUAUAAUAGAGGAAAGUUUUGGGCAGGUAUGUCUUCUACACAAAGGAGUGAGGGUAUAGAUUUUUUAAAACUCACGUGA